AUGGUUGCUCCUGCUAAUUCUUUAGUUCAUGAGGCACAUGAGUUAGAAGAUGAAGAAGCUGGAUCACAGCCACAACAACCUUAUGUUGGCAUGCACUUCGACACAUUAGAGGAUGCGAGGGAACACUACAAUCGCUACGCUUUGAUGGAGGGCUUUUCAAUCAAGUCAAAUACGUCCCUACACAGGCGUGCUAGAAAAACAGCAAUUCUGCUGUACAAGUUCUGCAAACCAGUAGAGAGGGUUGGCAUCCCGGAUGUUUCCUCGUCAAGCAAAAACACUACAUGCCCGAGUUCACCUGAACAAGAUGUUGAAGAGGAUGCCGAGGAACACACUUUCAAGAAGAAGAGGAAGCGAGAAACUGUGAAGCAAACAAAAUGUCGUGCUAAGAUGGUGGUGAAGCUUAAAGAUGACAGAUGGGAGGUUAUCAGUUUUAUUGCAGAUCACAACCAUCCACUGAUUGACAAGUCAUCGCUUUCGAAAUACCUCCGUUCUCACCAAGGCAUCCCGCCAGAACGGAAAAAAUUACUGACUCACCUAAACGACUGCAACUUGACAGCAGGAAAGAUGAUGAUGUUAAUGUCAUCAUACUACGGCUCGGAGUUGAUUGUUCCGCACACAGCUAAAGCCAUGCAUAACCACAGUUCGAAGGUCAAUACCCCCACUAAAGACAUUGACAUUGAAGAAACACUAAACUGCUUUUGCAAGGUGAUGGAAAACGACCCGGGCUUCUUCUUUAAAUGCAAGACAGAUGCGGAAGGCAGGACAACAAACUUGUUUUGGGUGGAUGGUGCGGCACGGAAAGCAUACGCGGAGGCUUAUCAUGAUUGCGUAUCAUUUGAUGCAACUUAUCUCACGAACAUGUACAAUAUGUUGUUUGCCUCCUUCAUUGGCAUCAACAGGCAUGGGCAGUCAAUUAUGCUUGGGUGUGGAUUUGUCCGACAGGAACUAGCCUCAAGUUAUGACUGGUUGUUUGAUGCUUUCCUAGAAGCAAUGGAUGGUUUGGCUCCGGACAACAUCAUCACGGACCAAGAUGUUGCUAUGGCACAGUAUAUCAAGAGGAAGUUCCCGGCAACGAUUCACUGUUGCUGCCGUUGGCAUAUAAUGAAGAAAGCACAAGAGAAGCUUGGCCCUGUUUUGGCUAGGAACCCGGAUUUGGUAAAAGACUUCAAUGAAUGCAUUGACUUCAGUUUCACCCCGGCUGAAUUUGAAAGGAAAUGGGCUGCACUUCAAUUGAAAUAUGAAGGUCUUAUGCAUGGUCACUUUGAGAAACUCUAUGAAGACCGGGCUACAUGGGUGCCAUGUUACUUCAAAUUCAGGUUCUUCCCUUUCCUUCAGUCAAUGCAAAGCAGCGAAGGGUUCAAUGUUGUGUUGAAGCGCUAUAUGAACCCUGACAAGUCAAUUCUCAACUUCGUCAAGCAAUAUGAGAAGAUUCAGGUACACAUACUCGUGAGGGAGGGCGGGAAUGACUACCGGACAGAGCAUCUAGACGCACAAAGAUGGUCACGUUUCCCCAUUGAGAGGCAUGCCUACAAAGCAUACACUAGGGACAUCUAUGUGAAAUUUAGAACUGAGUUUCAGAUGAUUGGCCAGUACGAUGUGCGUCCCGCCGGAAUCAACUUCUAUUACCUUGAGCCCAAUACAGAAGAAGUUCUAGGGUAUGGCUCAAGGAAGUACCUAGUCACAGUGGGACCAAAGCCAGCUAUCUAUGAUUGCGAAUGUUGCAAGUGGCAUAGGGACGGCAUGCUUUGUUGCCAUGUCUAG